GAUACCUGCAUAAAUGUUAUAAAAGAUGCGUUGAAGGAUCCUCUUAUUUUAAAUGGAAUGGACAUUCCUAAACUUAUUUUUUACUGUGGUUCAACAAUUAACGAAUCAAUGAAUCAAGAUCCAAAUUUGUAUAUUGCUAAGUGUUUUAAGAAAGAUGAAUACAAAAAUAAUAUAACCAGUUGUCUACAAGAUAAGGGUAAUAUGCCUAAAUUAAUUAAAAAAUGGAUAGACGAAAAAACUUCGACUUCAAUAAUAGAAAUUGGCACUAACUAUGUUGUUAAACGUACAACGCCGACUAAAAUGGUUUUUUCUGUUUGUAUUUUGUUGAAGAUAAUUGUUCUACUCACAUUUUUUAUUGUAUAUAAUUUUUCCAAAAUUAAUAAAUUUAUAAAUUAUACAUAUUAUAUAAGAAAUCUAAUGAAAAAUUUUUUACAUCAGAUUCAUCAAUUUAGAAGUAGAUAUGAUUCUUCAUUAUGUUCAGGAAAAAAAAGGGAUGAUGUAAUUUAUAUAUCAUGGAUAAAUACACAAAUAUAA